UGUGUCUCUGUGUGUGUCUCUGUGUCUCUGUGUCUGUCUCUCUGUGUCUCUGUGUGUGUCUCUGUGUCUUCUAGGGGCACAGUGAGGAUGGUGGAACGACACCACGUGGUGAUCCUGACCCUACUCCUCUACACGUGGUUUGUUGAUGCAGAAGACAAUGGUGGCAGCUGUAUUGAGCGAGCAAGUAGCAAGGCGGUGGCGUUGUUUCGAGCCCAGGACCUCAGCAAGUGCUCGCUCCGUACUGCUGAUGACCUCACGGCAUCUGUGGCCGCGAUCGUGAAUUUGCCACGUGACAUGGACAGGCAAUACCUACGUGUCCGUUCACUCAGUCAGAAGGAAGAUGCCUUCCUGAACUAUACCAAGUCUCUGAUAGACUCUGUUGACAAGCUGGUGGACCAAUCCUCCCUGUCCCUCUGGGAGGCUUUGACGGAGUCCUCUCGACUGUCGCUGGCUGGCCAGCUUCUGGCGAGUGUUGAGAAAAGUUCAUUCCUCCUGGCGAUCAACCUCCACUCACGCGCCUCACUCCCACUGGAGCGGAGGAAUCUCGUUCUGGAGGUGGUGGUGGUUGAGGCUACUAAGAAUGUGACCUUCUCUACCCCGCAAGUCAACCUCAGCCUUGCAAGUCCAGCGUCCAAGACGCGUGGGGGUGAGUGUCUGUGUGUGUCUGUGUGUGUGUGUGUCUCUGUGUGUGUGU